CUUGUAGCCGUGAUUCUCCUAUCCUUCGUGCUUGCCGUCGGGUUCCUGCUCAUCAUCCUCUCGUGCGCGCUUUGGGCGAACUGGCUUCCUCUACUUGUCGCAUUGACAUUUGUACUCGCACCCCUACCCAACGCGUUGUCGGCGAGCUGCGGAGGUGACGAGUUCUCCGCGGAUUAUGAUGGUCCAGGACGCGGCGACCUAGCUCGCUUUAUCACCUCGACUAUCGUCGUAACCGGGUUCGCCUUCCCUCUCAUCCUCGCCCACGCAGACGUGAUCCGCCCGGGAGCAUGCGCCAUGUCGAUCAUUGGGGGAGGAUUGGUAUAUGGUACUAUUCUAGCAUACAGCGCUGCGUUCAGACAGGAAGACUCCGAGUAUGACUAA